GGCGCUUAUUAAUCCGCGUUAUCAGUUAUCGCACUUCAAUGCACGUGCACGGUUCCCAUCAUUGGUCCCCUGCACAAGCGGCGGUAGCUUCAAUUCUCAGAAACUUUUUCUCGGAGCCAGACAGACACGAGACCAGCUACAGCAAUCGCCAAUAUUUCCCCACAAACCGUGUCUUGUCUCAAUCCGCCCAGCACCCUGGGCCGAAGGUGAUCAAUCUGGGUUUACAGCAAAAAUGAAGAGAAUAAGGCUCGACAGAUUAUCGACCCAAUUCCUGUCCCCCGCCCCGGCCCGGCCAACAUCCCACUCGACGAACACAAGAAUAUGUCGAACGACCCGAACCUCAAAAUUACACACCCCUCUAUGUUCCCAAACUAGGAGGUGGCAGACAACACAGGCGGUAGCAUUAGAUGCUGACCUCGAGGACGAUCAUAUAACAAUACCAGAAGAAGAGCGCAGUUUACCACCGUUACCAUCACCGCCGCCAGAACGAGCCGUCGACUCAGCCAAACUUGCGGCUCUCCACGCACGACUCUCCCUCUCCUCCAAGAUUCCCCUCCAGACCCUCGCACGCGCCUUAAUAGACCCUUCAGCCGACGCCCACCCGCGCUUCAACAAUGCGAAUUUAGCGUUUGUGGGCGCCUCGCUGCUCAACUACCACACCUCGGAAUUCCUCGUCACCCGGUUUCCGCGGUUACCAAUGGCAAUUCUCUUCGCCGCUAUGAGGGGUUAUGCCGGUGUAUUCCCACUACACCAAGUCGCACGGGGGUGGGGUGUCGAGGAGGCAGCAGCGCCUGGUGAGGAGGUGGAUCCAGGUCUAUUACAAUUCAACCGGGACAAGCCCUCAGUCGCGAUGAACUCAUGGGGUUACGUGCGAGCCGAGUCUAGGGAAUUACUGAAGUAUAAAUGGCGUCGGGGUCUAAGUAGUUCAGUUAUAUACGACGACCCAUUCGGCCAAAUAGUGACGAAGGAGGAAGACGAGCCCAUCGAACUCGAAGUCAGUGAUGCUAGGAACAAGAAGGACCUCGUAUUAGACGACCCAUUGAAGAACGCGCACGCUAAUUUUGUGCGCGCGGUGGUCGGCGCUAUUUACCUAUAUUGUGGGCGGGAUACAACGAAGACGUUUGUCAAGUCCCACGUUCUCUCCCGAAAACUUGAUAUCGAGAACCUGUUCCUGUUCAAACUGCCGACUCGGGAACUAGCGCGACUAUGCGCACGAGAAGACUUCGAGCCGCCUGUUGCUAGACUCUUAAGCGAGACGGGUCGGGCGAGUCGGACACCUGUAUACGUGGUGGGAAUAUUCAGCGGCCAUGAUAAGCUAGGCGAGGGCACGGGACCGAACCUCGAUGCUGCGAGGACCGCGGCCGCGAUCAAUACGCUAAAGUCGUGGUACUUAUACAGCCCCGGCAACGUAGGUGUGCCAAGCGAUACCUUUGCUGAAGAUGCUGCGCCAUGGAAGCCGUCGUAUGUGGAUAUUGGCGAAAUAAUAUCGUAAAAGGUCCCUAGCCCUGGAAUGACUGUAUGUGAAUGGGAUAUGAAGGCAUGUCCUAGGUUAUAAAAAAACACGAUACGCCUACCGU